AUGGGCAAGGGCACCGACAAGCUCUACAUUACGCACUCGGAAUGGGCCUCGGCCGACGCCUUCUCGGCCAGCAAGGGUGCGGCCACGGGGCCAACCCCGGGCGCGUCUUUGCGCCGGCUGCCCUUUAACUACUGCGCCGCCAGCCUGCAGCCGUUUGUCCAUCCGGUCUGCACGGCUGACGGGAUCAUCUUCGAUGCCGAGGUGAUCGCCGACUGGCUCCAGAAGCAUCCGCCGGGCACGAACCCAGUUGAUGGCACGCCGCUAGCUGCGGCUGAUCUGGUGCGACUCGACUUUGCCCGCAACGACGCCGACGGCUCCGGCGAUCUGAUCGACCCGGUCACCUUCAAGGUCUUCACCGACAACACGCACAUCGUGGCGCUGCGCCACGGCAGCUAUGCCAACGUCUUCGCCUGGGACACGGUCGAGCGCAUGAACAUCAAGCCCAAGAUGUGGCGCGACCUCGUCGACGACGUCGCCUUCAGCCGCAAGGACAUCAUCACGCUGCAGGACCCGCAGAACAUGGCUGCCCGCGACCUCGGCCAGUUCAAGCACCUGCGCGACGGCGAUGGUGCCGUGACUGUCGGCCCAAAGGCGUCGCGCGAGACCGUCAACCAUGGCGCCCUCGGCCGCCUCGGCGAAAAGGCUCUGCGUGCCAAGGAGGCCGUCGACAAGGCCCGCCGUGAGCGUGUCGGUGGCGGCGACGUCAACCGGUCGGCAGCAGCACGGACAGGAGGCCCGGCCGGUUCGAUCGGGGCUGCAUCCGCGCUUUCAACAAACAGCCGCUCGGCCCGGCCACCCGCCUACAAUGCGGCCACCUUCACGACUGGUCGGGCGGCCGCCAGCUUCACCAGCACCGGGCUGACGCCCGAGACCAGCGGCGAGCGGGCCGUGCUGAGCGACGAGGAAUGGAUGCUGAAGCCACGACGCGUCAAGAUCAAGGGCUACGCCCGCAUCGAGACUAGCCUCGGCAACGUCAACAUCGAGCUGCAGACCGAGACGGCUCCCAAGGCCGUCUGGAACUUUGUCCGUCUCGCCCAGCAGGGCUACUAUCGCGACGUGGCCUUUCACCGCAACAUCCGCAACUUUAUGAUUCAGGGCGGCGAUCCAACCGGCACUGGUCGUGGUGGCUCCAGCGUCUGGGGCAAGGACUUUGCCGACGAGCUCGAAGGCCCCCUCACCCACGCUGACCGCGGCGUCGUCAGCAUGGCCAACAAGGGCAAGAAUACCAACUCCAGCCAGUUCUUCAUCACCUACCGUGCCGCACAUCACCUCGACCGCAAACACUCCAUCUUUGGUCGCGUCGUCGACGGGCUCGACGUGCUCGAUCGCAUGGAGGCGGCGCCUGUCGAUGAUCGCGACCGCCCGCUGCAGGACAUUGUCAUUCGCGACGUCGCCGUCUACCUCGACCCCUUUGACGAGUUCCUCAAGGAAAAGCGGCGCUCCGAUGCUGCCGAGGCUGAGCGCGCCGACAUCCAACGCCGCGGCGGCACCGAUGACGACAAGGUCACGUGGACCGGCAAGCGCAUCCGCGGCCGUGACGAUCUUGCCCCAGCCGUCGGUGCCGGUGUCGGCAAGUACCUCAAGGCCGCCCUCGCUCAGCAGAAACAGCAGAAGCAGCCGGCCGAAGAGCCCGAGCCGGCCAGCGGUGACGAUGCCGUCUGGGAAGAGGAGCCCGCUCGGAAACGAGCAAAGUCGGGCGGCUUUGGCAACUUUGAUGGCUGGUAG